GCGUGUCUGUCCACGCGGGCUCUCUGAAGACCACUCAGCCGUUCCCUGCGUCCCUCCCCCGAGCAGCUCCUGGAACCAUGGAGAGUCUGAGUGAACUGGAGAACCCACUGCUGCCUCAGGGCACCUACCCCUACCCUGAGGCUUCGCCAGGCUGGCCGUGCCAGGAGAAGCUCUAUUCCUACCUCCUGGGGGGCGCCGGUCCUGCGCGCGCCCACCAGUUCCUGGACCCAGGGUCCCUGCAGCUGGCCGUGGAGGCCUGGUACAGACCCAGCUGCCUCCUGGGGAAGGACAAGGCCAAGGAGCCCAGGGCUGGCAGCUGCGAAACCAGUUUCACAGAGAGCACAGAGCCCCAGGCCGGGCCCUUGGAGCGGGCGGCAGGAGCUGACCAAGAGGAAGAAGAGGAGGUCGCCAUCCAGACAGUGUCCUACGGGGUUCAAGAGGAACUGCAGGGUCAGGAAGAUGAGCAGGGAGAGGAGGAGAGUGAUGUGACCUCCACCGAGAGCGAGAGUGAAGACAACUUUCUGACACUGCCCCCCAGGGACCACCUGGGCCUCACCAUCUUCUCCAUGCUCUGCUGCUUCUGGCCACUGGGGAUUGCUGCCUUCUACUUCUCCCAGGGGACCAGCAAGGCCAUCUCCAAGGGGGACUUCCGGCUGGCCAGCACCACCUCCCGCCGGGCGCUCUUCCUGGCCAUGCUCUCCAUCGCGGUGGGAGCCGGACUCUACGUGGCUGUGGUGGUGGCCCUGGCAGCUUACAUGUCGCAGAACGGUCAUGGCUAGUGGGCCCAGGAGCUGGCAUCCGAUUCCCCUGCUCCCCGGGCCUUGGGCUUGCAGAUGCUCCAGGAGCCCCUGAAGACCACCCCUGAGGGUGCCUUGUUGGGGGGGCCUGCAGGCUUCCCAUCACCUCAUCUUACCCAUGUCCCCCAGUUCUGGGGCCAGGCAAGGGGUCACCGCUUCCCCACUGGACUAUGCUGGGAA